AUGGCGCACCAUGCAGACAGUUCAAAAUCUAACCAAAACCCUCUUAGAGAUGCCAGGAUUGGCGGCAUCUGGCGCCUGGGCCGUAAGAUCGGGUCCGGGUCCUUUGGAGACAUCUACAAAGGUGUGAAUGUACAGACUGGAGAGGAGGUGGCGAUGAAGGUAGAGAGUGCCAAAGCAAAGCACCCCCAGCUCAUUUAUGAGUCCAAGCUCAUAAAGCAUCUACAAGGGGCCCCUGGCAUAGCACAGAUCUACUACUGUGAUGCGGAGGCUGACUUCAACAUCAUGGUCAUGGAACUGCUGGGCCCUAGCCUAGAGGAUCUGUUCAACCUGUGCAGUCGGCAGUUUACGCUCCGGACUAUUCUGAUGAUCGCUGACCAAGUUCUCGACCGCGUUGAAUAUUUACACAGCAAGAAUUUCAUCCACCGCGACAUCAAGCCGGAUAACUUCCUGAUCGGCAGAGUGAACGGACCUCACCAGAGUGUGAUAUACAUGAUAGAUUAUGGGCUUGCGAAGAAGUACCGUGAUCCGAAGACACACCAGCACAUCCCAUACCGAGAGAACAAGAACUUAACAGGGACAGCCCGUUACGCCUCCAUCAGCGCACACCUGGGCUCCGAACAGAGUCGGAGGGAUGAUUUAGAGGCUGUGGGCUACGUCCUCAUGUACUUCUGCAGGGCUGGGACGCUACCCUGGCAAGGCAUUAAGGCGAACACAAAGCAGGAGAAAUACCACAAGAUCAUGGAGAAGAAGAUGUCUACUCCUGUUGAGGUCCUAUGCAAAGGGUAUCCCGCGGAAUUUGCUACGUAUCUUAACUAUUGUCGGCAGCUCCGCUUCGAAGAUCGGCCGGAUUAUGCGUAUCUCCGGGGGCUUUUUAAAGAUCUCUACAUUAAAGAGGGAUUCGAUCAGCAGGAUGCUGCAUUCGAUUGGACGCCGAAGCUGAAUGCUCGGAAUUCCAACCUUGGUCACUCGGGGGAUCGCCUGCAUGGCCACUGCAGCCAGGAGCCACGGCAUCGCUCUAGAAGGGAACAAGAUAGGCUUGCGCCGGGACGGAGCCGAGAUGCCAGUAAGAACCAAGUCGCCGCGGGAAACGGCAAUUUAGUGAACCCUUCGAUGGCAACGAACCCGGGCGGACCCUCAGUUAUGGUGCCAGAGCGCGCGGCUGGUGAAGGCGCUGUGCAGAAUGCACUUGAGGCGCAGCAGGAGAAAGAUGAGACGACAAAACAGCGCAGCCAUUUGUCUUGCUUGCCUUUUGUAAGACUAAUCAUGCCUUAG